CCCCGUCUGAACUGAGCGGAAUUCAAAAUUUCAAAACAAACCAGCGGUCCUUGCGUCAACAUGCGAGUCGAGCAACUGUCUGUUUGAUGCUAACUCACAGUUCAAAACCACGCAGGCGAAACGAUGGACGUAGAAGAGAAGCACCAAACCAACAACCGGACGUCGGAUGCUCUCAAACCGCCGUCCAUCGAGGAUUUCAUCGUUCUGAAGCCCAUCAGCCGCGGAGCGUUCGGCAAGGUUUACCUCGCCCGGAAAAAGUGUAAUCCUCGAUUGUACGCCAUAAAGGCGAUGAAGAAGUCAGACAUGGUUGAUAAAAACAUGACGGGGCAAAUGAAGGCGGAGAGAGACGCUCUGGCUCUCAGCAAAAGUCCCUUCGUGGUGCAUCUGUUUUACUCUCUGCAAACAGCCUCCAAGAUCUACCUGGUGAUGGAAUACCUAAUCGGCGGAGACGUCAAGUCUCUCCUACACAUCUAUGGAUAUUUCGACCAGGACAUGGCGGUGAAGUACAUUUCAGAGGUGGCUCUUGCUUUAGAUUAUCUUCACCAUCACGGGAUCAUCCACAGGGACCUGAAGCCGGACAACAUGCUCAUAUCCAACAAAGGUCACAUCAAGUUGACGGACUUCGGCCUCUCCAAAGUCAAACUGGAUCGAGAGCUGAGUCUGAUGGACAUCCUGACCACGCCCUCCGUCCUCAAGCCCCCCAAAGAUUACUCCCGCACCCCGGGUCAGAUCCUCUCACUGAUCAGCUCCAUUGGUUUUAACACCCCGGUCGGGGAAGGGAAGCGUCAUUGCAGCGCUUCCUAUGUGUCCCGUCCCAUGACCUGCGGCAAGUUGAGACCCAAGAACAAUUCUCUGGGAUCUCCUGUCAGCGUGAAGAAGGACCAUCCUCUCCCUUGGAAACUGGGUACCAAAACCUGCAUGUUCAGUCCGCACGGAUUUGCCAAGAACCUCACUCCCUCUCUGCUGAAAACCAGAAAGCGGUUUGAGACCAUGAGCGCUGGAAGCACCACAGACACCGAAGGAGGUGCCAGUCCACCCUGGGAGUCGGAAGACAAAGAGAACGGGCGCCCCACUGACCAGGAUGGCUUCAAAGAAGCUGACCAGGAAACUUCAACGGCCCCGGCGGAGAGGUCGGGAUCUCUGGUGGACAAGCGUGCGUCCAGUGGAGUCGUCGAGAAGAGGGCAGAGAAAAGAUCGUUUUCCCACGUGCAAACCAGUCCAGGGUCGCUGUCGGUCCAAGCCAAGAAGAACACCACCAACUAUACACGAUGCUUCCAGAUCCCAGAGGAGACGGCGGCGUUUCGUUCUGGCUUGACCGGAGUCUUUUCAGCCAUAGACAUCGGAGACUUCGCUGAGGUGGACGGGUCGGGCCGAGAUCUGGCGCCGAAGCGCUCCAGUCCCAUCGUGGUGGCCAAGAGUCUCUUGGCUGAACUGGAGGAGCCACCAGAGGGCGUGUUUGACGACGGCGCCAAAGACUUGUCCCACACAAGUUUCACAUCUUCGCUCGCCGAGUCUGGCGACAUCUGCCGCAGCCUGAGUCUGGACUCGGACUCGUCCGUGCACGACACCUCCCUCACCGAGAGCCGACCCGCUCGCAUCUCGAUUUCCGUGAGGAGAGACUCGACUUCAGUGGAGGACCCGGAGGAGCAGAGCCUGCAAGAGGCGGCGACUGAAACCCCGGCACACGCUUCUGUCCACACAGGUCUGACCAAGGCGUCCUUCCUGGACCGAUUCCCGGACGUCACAGGCAGCCCGGCCGCGUCCCCGUCCUUCCUGAAGCCCAAAAACGUGGUGGCCUUCCGGAGCUACUGCAGCUCCAUCAACAGGUCCAACAUGUCGGGCGUGUCUCGGCUCAGCAUCGGCUCGGUGGACAACAUGGAGCUGUCCUCAUGGAACCAGUCCAUGUCUGCGACUCCUGUGCAGAGAAGACCCAGCUCCAACAGCUCCCUCUUUCAGACUCCUCAGGCCAUGUCGACGUCCAACACUCCCUUCAGGACUCCAAAGAGCGUACGGCGGGGUCCGGUGCCAGUCGAGGGGGUGCCUAUCUUGGGGACCCCUGACUAUCUGGCUCCAGAACUACUGCUGGGAAAACCGCACGACUGCAGGGUGGACUGGUGGGCCCUCGGCGUCUGCCUCUUCGAGUUCCUGACCGGGGUCCCGCCUUUCAACGACGAGACGCCGCAGCUGGUCUUCCAGAACAUCCUGAACAGAGACAUUCCCUGGCCAGAGGGCGAGGAAGAGCUGUCGGAGCACUCCAGGAACACCAUUGAAAUCCUGCUGACCACGGACAAGACCAAGCGGGCGGGCCUGAGAGAGCUGAAGAGCCACCCCCUGUUCCACGGCCUGGACUGGGACGACCUGCAGAACCAGCCCAUGCCCUUCAUCCCUCAGCCCGAGGAUGAGACGGACACGUCGUACUUCGACGCCCGGAACAACGCGCAGCACAUCGCCGUGUCGGGCUUCAGUCUGUAGACCCACUCACAAGUUUGCAAUGUUCAGUCGAAGGCUCUCAGAGCGCUGCGCUGAUCCAACUGUUCUCCCUGCUGCUAGUCAAGUGAAGGUAAUAUAUUUGUGUGUUUUUAUCUGUGUUGGGAGCUGCUUCACCUCGCCGGUGUCUUUUAACCGUCUUGUUUUACAAUAAGCUGUUUUACUAUUGUUCAGAGGAAAAAAGCAAUGUGUGAAAUAAAAUUGGUUGCUGAGCAAGAAUUCCGCUUCAGACAACUCUGGGCUGAACCUGGGUCUUUUCUGAGUGCUCUGGUUUCCUCCCAGAGUCCAUGAAGAGAGAGGGUAGUUGUAGAUGUGCGUCCUGUGAUGGACUGGGAACCAGAGCAGACCUGUCCCCUGCCUCCUGCCCCAAGUAGCUGGGAUGGACUUGAACGCUACCGCUUUUAAAAUGACUGGUGUUCGAAGGCAAAGAUUAUGGAGUGUAUAGCGCCAUCCAGUGGCCACUAGAUGGCGGAUGAGUUAUUUAUAUUAACAUUUAUUAAACUAAAUGCAUAUUAAAAUGUUUACCUGUCAUUCAAUGCCAAGAUGUGUACUACGUAAUACUAAAUAACUGGGAAUGUCAGUCGACUGGAAAUGAAAUUUCAUCUGUCUUUUCCCACACUGUGAUCGUAACUGCAGCGUGACACUGAAUGUUGUGGGCGGUGGAAUUCUCUUCUUUGGCAA